AUGAUGUCCUGCGGACGCCACUCGGCCUUUCUCUUUCUCGCCGCCUCGGCGCUGCCCACAGCCAUUUUGGGCGCUCGUGCAGCAGGCGGAGAUGGGACCGGCAACAAGCAGCCUGGCGAUGCUUGCGAUUGCGGGUAUGCGGGAUCCACCGCGCUCCAACGGUCAAAGAACACCUGCUGCGGCGACGGCCUCAUUUGCAGCGCGACUGAGAAGACGUGCAAGCCCGCGGUGGGGGCUGAAUGCAAAAGGAAAGAAUGGUCAUUUGGGACAAACUGUGCCGUGAGCACAUAUGGACGAUUGGGUGGUAUCAGCUGCCAAAAAGUCCGAGAGGAUGACAACGGAGAGCAGAAGCACAGGUGCUGCGUUUCCAACUACGGAGGAGAACCCCCGUCCACCUACCAGUACGCGCCCAUCGACGGCGAUGACAGCACUUGCUGUUCGGGAUACGCCGAGGACGUCAAGUGGCCGUUUCCGAGCGACCAGAAGUACAACCGGCGCUUGUGCACUUCCAAGUCGUCCUGGUUCAGGUGA